AAUUAAAAUAGAUAAUGGUAAACUAGGAUUUUCUCAUAAUUUCAUAAUUUAGAGGAACCAAUGAAUAGUAACGGAAUAGAUAGAGGCAGUAAUUUCUUCCAAGAAAGGCAUGUGUGGUCAUAAUUAUUUCUAAGCAAACAAAGCAAAACUCAACCAAUCAUAUACCCUUUAGCUAGCAUUUGGUAAGUUGUUCAGGUAUGUUGUAUGAACAAAACCCCAUUAAACUCUGUGUCAUGCAUUUUGUGUUGUUGCAUUUGUAUUUCUCAGCUCUCCACAUUCAUACUAAAGAAGACACCCAGCUGAGCAUUUAAAUCCCUUCUUCUUCUUUGUUUUCUUUGCACCAGAAUUAUAGUGAUUGAUUUCAUGGUGGUUCUAAGCCUUCAACCUGUCCAAUUUUCUACCCCUAAACACAUGUUAUUAUGUAGACCUGGCAGUACUGGUUAUCCCAUCCGAUGUGGGAUUGCAGAGCCAUCAGGAGAGCCAGCUCCCGUGGGACAAAAGACCAAGUACAAUGAUGGGUUUUUUGAGAAGGGAUUUAUGACACUGUUUGCUCGCAAAAUGAAGAAGUUUGCAGCUCCAGUGAAGGCCAGGACUGAGACUAAGGAGAAGGCAUGGUGGGAAUAUGACUAUGAGAGCUUUGUGGAUGUCUCUAAGAGAGUGAUGCAGGGGAGGUCUAGAGUUCAGCAGCAGCAAGUAGUUCGAGAGGUGCUCUUGUCUAUGCUGCCUCCAGGUGCGCCUGCUCAGUUUAGGAAAUUGUUUCCACCAACAAAGUGGGCAGCUGAAUUCAAUGCUGCAUUAACAGUGCCUUUCUUCCACUGGUUGGUUGGGCCUUCUGAGGUUGUAGAAGUUGAGAUAAAUGGGGUGAAGCAAAGAAGUGGAGUCCAUAUAAAGAAAUGCAGGUAUCUGGAGAACAGUGGGUGUGUUGGAAUGUGUGUGAAUAUGUGCAAGUUUCCUACUCAAGAUUUCUUCACCAAUGAAUUUGGGCUUCCCUUAACCAUGAUUCCAAAUUUUGAAGAUAUGAGUUGUGAAAUGGUGUAUGGCCAAGUUCCACCACCAUUUGAAGAGGAUCCAGUGUCCAAACAACCAUGUUUUACUGAUAUAUCUAUGCGUUUAUCUGCAGGUUCCAUUGCAACUCCCAGCUCCAGUGUCUGUCCAAAAUUACAAGCUUGAAAGAUACUCCUCCGUUAUUCAUAGUUCAAGUACAGAUUUCAAGUUCAUAUGUCACAUCCAACACACAGUUCAACUGCAGUACAUAUCUUUUAUGCGUGUUGAACAUGGCGAAAGUGGAAGUUACCAUAUGCCUAUUAGGCUGAAAAUUUGUAUCUCAUGACAGAAGAGAGAAUUUGUUUGUAAAAUUAAAGACAAUAUAUCACUCUUUAUAAGCCCUAGGUCAUAUCUCAUUUUGGAGAACCUAAAAACCAACAAUGUGUCUAAUAGACUGAAUUUGAGUUUUCGUUUACUUUUUAUGGUGUAUGGAAGAGAGAUUAUCUU